AGUACCUCUCCAUGGUGAACACAGUUAUCAUCACUGCAUCGCAUCUUUUUUUUAUUGUUUGAAUUCCUUUCUGAGCUCUUACAAAUUAGAAGGCGAAAAGCAGACAGAAAUGGACUCGUUUAGCACCUACCUCGAUCACCUCAUUUUACUCCUUGCCGCACGCUUCCAGGCCCCGCUGGAGGUGUCAACGGAGGAGCUGCUCACGCCUGUGAAUGGGUCGGCAGUGACCGAUCCAUGGGAGCUGGUGUCGCGCACUGUGCAACUGAAUCUCUGCAGCCCGCAAACGGAGCAGGAGCGUCUCUACACGCGUCAGCUGGACGUGCAUAACUUCUCCGCUGCUGUCUGCCGUGAACGGGCGCGGUACGUGCAAUGGAAACUGAGCGCAGACCAAAAGCGGAGCCGGGACGAGCGCUGCAGCACCCAGAUCUCGACACCGGCCGUCCCCUCAGCAAGUGCGGCGCCGGUGACGACGCUCGCUGCGGCUAGCGCGAAAUCUGCCGUUGCAGUGGGCGGAAAUGCCAGCACCUUUGACGUCACCCGCGACUCGCUUCAACGCGACGUCUCUGCCUUGUAUGCACUCGUGCGCCAAUCUCUGCCCUCCGCGCUCGAUGAUGACACCGCUGAUGUGGAGAGCGACGAAGAGAAUGGACAGGCGACGGCGACUGCAUCGGCCAUUCCAGUAGCUUCAACCACCACCACCACCACCACGGCAGCGCCGUCCCCCUUCGCUGCGCAAGUGCACGAGGUCGUUGUCCGCACAGCUGAGGAACGCCACCGCGAUGAGCAGGCGGCCCGCGCGCGUGACGAGUUCCUUUCACAGAUUCAGGCACUGCAAUCCGUCUACUUCAACAAGUACCGUCGUUGGUUGGAGGUGCCGGAAAACGUGCUGGACCCACCAUCGCCCCUGCAGCGGGCAGCCGCAACGUCGUCUGCCAUUUCAUCCCGUCAGUCCUCCGUCUCGGUGAGGGGGAGCGAGGCGGCAGCCGCUGCUGCGACGAUAGCGGCGCGGAGGUCUGUGAACGGCGUCGGUUCGUUCAACAAGCACUGCGAAGAGAACGAGCGGGCAGACCUGCUGGAGGCGUUGAAGCUGACCCGCCCUGAGCGACCAGCGCCUCGGCCGGUGCCUUCCGCCUCUCCCCCGGCAUUCAACGUGAGGGCCGGUGUGCACCCGACCAUUGCGGCGAUGCGACGCCAGGUACAGCUGCAGCGCCCACUGCGCCCGUCAGCCGUCUCCGCGGGUGUUGAGGAUGGUGGGGAUCGCACAUCCGCCGACUCUCAGGAGAUGCGCCAGAGCUCCGGUUACACCGGGGCACCAGCGAAAACCUUGAUGCGGCCUGCGGUCUCGUCCGUCGCCACCGAUGGAGCUUCAGCGGAACGUGGGGCGGCCGGUACAAAGCAGGCGGCUAUGCGAAUGAGCGCGGCGCCGAAAGACACAGCUCCGCCUGCGAGCCGGCGUGGUCGCUGGCAGAUUGUGGAGUACGACGAUGAAGGUGAGGAGGACGAGUAG